UUCCUUUUAAAAGAACAUUAAACAAACAACUUUGCUUUCAGAGGAGGCUGAGUCUCAGACUCGAGAAAGAGAAAGCUAGGAAGGAGACUCUCACUUUUGUGACAUUACACCACAAAGUGAGAGAUCCUCCAUGAUGCUCGCCUUCUUCAUCUUGGCUCUUGUAUCACAAGGCACCCGCUUGGUGGCGUCUCAACGACUUCCCGCUAACAUAUUUAUCCUCGCCGGUCAGAGCAACAUGGCCGGCCGUGGAGGCGUCAUCAACAGCACCAAGAACGGCAAUUUCACUUGGGAUGGCAUUGUUCCUCCACAGUGCCAACCAAACCCAUCAAUUUUACGGUUAAGUGCCAACCUCGAAUGGGUCCUAGCCCAAGAGCCUCUCCACGCCGACAUCGAUUAUAAUAAAACCAAUGGGAUUGGACCAGGGAUGCCAUUCGCUAACGCAGUCCUGACCAGGGAUCCAGCCAUCGGGGUAAUCGGUCUGGUGCCAUGUGCAAUCGGAGGGACAAAUAUAACUCACUGGGCGAAGGGAGGUUUCCUCUACGACCAGUUGGUGCGGAGGACUCAAGCAGCCUUGAAGAACGGCGGCGUUCUCAGAGCAAUGCUAUGGUAUCAAGGCGAGAGUGAUACGAUAAACAGAGAAGAUGCCGAUGAUUACAAAGGCAGAUUAGAGAAAUUUUUCAAAGAAGUCCGGGCCGAUCUGAAACAUCCUAGGCUCCCUAUUAUCCAGGUGGCUCUGGCGUCAGGAGAGGGACGAUUUGUGGAGACCGUUAGAGAAGCUCAACUGGGAACUAACCUUCUUGACGUGCAAUGCAUCGACGGUAAGGGACUGACUCUGGAGCCUGAUCGGCUGCACCUGACGACGCCUGCUCAGGUUCAGCUUGGCCAGAUGUUUGCUCAUGCCUUUCUUCAAUCUCUGCCUACCCCAAUUCGCACGAGUAGUAAUUCUGCUGCAACGCUUUCUUUUUUGGUUUCCGACCAUUUCGUAGGUUUUUUAUUUUAUUCUACGUUUUUAUUUGUAGGUCUUCAAAUAAUCUAGUAUUCUUCUAAGGCAAGUGUAUUGGGAUUUGAUUUUUGAGUUGUUAUUCCUAAUAAUUAAAUGAAACGUACACCUGUUCAUUCUGGAUA